ACUCAGACUGUAUGAACAAAGUAAACUACACUCAAACUUUACUUCAAUAUUUCAGAAACGUCCUGUAAAUUUAUACUGUGAACAUUUAUUUACAACACAACUUCAGGAGGAGCCUUAGCAGUAGCUACAUAUCAAGAUGGAUAUAACAGUUUUGUUAUUAUCAGCUCUGCUAGGAUUUGUUUCUUAUGUCGGUGCUAACACAGACAGUAAUCCAUGCAUUUCUGCAAAUGCCAAAACCUGUGGAGAGUGUAUUCAGAUCGGCCCACAGUGUGUGUGGUGCAAAGAUCCUGAUUUCAAACCUUCACGCUGUGAUGACAUUGAGUCCAUGGCGAAAGCUGGCUGCACUGCAGACGGUGUAGAAAACCCUCGAGGAGCGGUCACUAUUGACAAGAACAAACCCGUCACAAACCGUAAAACUGAUGGAGGACAGAAUCUGAGGCCCGAUGAAAUCACGCAGAUUCAGCCACAGAAAGUCAAGCUGAACCUUCGCUCAGGAGAAGCACAGAAGUUUACUCUCAAGUUUAAGAGGGCAGAGGAUUAUCCCAUUGAUCUGUACUUCCUGAUGGACCUCAGUCACUCUAUGCUGAGCAAUUUGGAAAAUUUCAAAAACCUGGGAACCGAACUCGCCAAUGAGAUGAAGGACAUCACGAAAGACCUGCGUAUAGGUUUUGGUUCAUUCUUUAGGAAACCUUCCAUUCAGACGAACCCAUGUUUUCCAGAUAAUUGCAUAGCUCCAUUCAGUUACUUUAAUGUACUGAGCUUGACGGACGAUCAUGCAUUGUUUACACAAGAAAUCAGCAAGCUGAAAACCUCUGGAAACCUGGAUUCUUCAGAGGCAGGAUUAGAGGCAUUGAUGCAGGCUGCUGUCUGCACGGACGUGAUUGGCUGGAGGAAUGUCACUCGUCUCCUUGUGUUUUUCACGGAUGCUGGACUGCGUUUUUCUGGUGAUGGAAAACGAGGUGGCAUUGUUCGUCUAAAUGAUGGGAAAUGCCUUCUUGACGAUAAUAUGUACACCAGAAGUGACUACUCUGACUACCCCAGCCUCUCUCAGCUGGUAGACACAGUUACUGACAAUAGCAUUCACACUAUCUUUGCUGUGACAGAGCAGUAUCGGGAUCUUUAUCAGGAGCUGUCUGCUAAAGUGCCUAACUCAGCAGUGGGGACACUCUCCACCAGUGGGGACAAUCUGGCUAAGCUCGUCAUUGAUGCAUUAAUUCCUCUGUCCUCUGAGGUGAUUGUGGAGAACAGCAAGCUACCUGAUGGUGUGUCCAUCUCUUACGUCUCCCACUGCAAGAACGGAGUGAAUGGAAGAGGAGAAGAUGGGAGAAAGUGCUCCAACAUCUCCAUUGGGGAUGAGGUGUUGUUUGAUAUAGAAAUCACGGCUAAAGGCUGUCCGUCUAAAGGUAAACCAGAGACCAUAAAGAUCAAGCCACUGGGGUUCAGCGAGGAGGUGGAGAUCUUUCUCAACUACAUCUGUGAAUGUGAGUGUCACAAAGACGGGAUCAAAAACAGCCCCGAGUGUAGCGGAGGACAGGGAACGCUGGAGUGUGGAGUCUGCAGGUGUAAUGAAGGUCGAUCUGGCAGAAUUUGUGAGUGCACCCAGGAUCUGGAUGCAUACUGCCAGAUGGAUAUGUCGUCAGGCAUCUGCAGCAACAAUGGCGAAUGUGUCUGUGGAACCUGUGAGUGUAAGAAAAGAGAAAACCCGGAGGAGAGAUACAGCGGAAGGUACUGCGAGUGCAACAACUUCAGCUGCGACCGCUUCAACAACAAGCUCUGUGGAGGUCACGGUCGAUGUAUGUGCGGGCAGUGUGCAUGUGAAUUUAACUACGCCGGCAGUGCAUGCCAAUGCUCUAUGGAUACCUCGAGCUGUCUGGCCAGUAACAAACUGAUCUGUAAUGGACACGGCAUCUGUGAAUGUGGACAGUGUAAAUGUUUGGACAAUUGUCAAGGUCCAACCUGUGAAAUCUGCCUAACCUGAAACAGUGGUGUGAAAAGGAAAAAACUGACACCUGAAAGCAUAUCCCUCAAUUUAUACUGUACAUCAUAUUGAGACACAUGUUAUACAUUUUAAUUAUUGAGUGUCAUCAUAGGUCAGUAAGAUGAUGUUGGUUGAUGCAAUAUGUUUGCAUGUUAUUAUAACCUACGAAACAGGUUAUGAUCUUACAGUAUAUACAAGAUUUAUACAAUUUAUAUUUUUAGAAAUGCUGUGAUGCAAAAAUACUACACAGAGUGAAUUGUCUUAAUGCCUGGGAUUAAAUAUGGGUGUUUCAAUUGGUUUCAGUGGUACAAUUUGUCAAGAAGACCCUGAGUGAUCAUUUCUUAUAGUGGAAUAUGCGGUGUAUAUUAAAUAUUACAAUAAUGUAUCACUAAACAUUCAAAACCG